AUGGUCCCUUGCAGUGAAACCUCAGACCUUGUGGAGAUUUCUCGUUUUGAUACUCGAGGCCUUGGUGCUGGUUACAAAUUGCGAAGACAUAAAUUCGAACAUUUGGCCGACGCAGGAUGUCACAAAGCAAGAUCAGAUUGGAUAAAGCAUAUUGGCCCUCUCAACGAAUUCGGUGGUUGCAAUCACGUUAACGGGAAUUUCUCUGCCGUAGUGCUGCCGUUGUGCAGACCUGACCGUUUAGAACUUGUAGCUUAUGUACUGGAGUAUGCAUUUCUCCAUGAUUCUGUUCUCGAGGCCGAGGACAUCUCUCCGGAAUCUCAAAUACAAGCCGAGGCUGGUCUACGCUUUUUGUAUGAACGUUGCAUAAGCCGACUCCUGCAGACCGACGAAGUAUGCGCCAAAAGGAUUGCAAAGGCGUGGAAAGACGCGAUCGAUACAACUAUAAGAGAUAAGCGCAUCGACUUUCAGUCAGUCGAAGACUAUUUGGAGUUUCGCAUGAUUGAUACUGGUGCACCGUUUGUUGAGGCUAUCAUGCUUUUCGGCAUGGCAAUGACUCUCACAUCGCAAGAAGAUGCCGAACUUGCUCGCGUCAUUCGGCCAUGUUCCGCCGCUCUGGCUUUGACAAACGACUACUUCUCGUUCGACCGAGAGAUGAAAGAAGCUGACACUUCUACCCUCAUCAACUCGGUUUCUAUCGUAAUGCGUCUUCAGAACUUAGAUAUUGCAACGGCCAAGGAAGUCAUCAAGGAAACCAUACAAAGCUACGAACGAGAGUUUCUGCGACGCAUUGACGAGUAUAAGCACCAGAGAGGGCCAGUCUCCGAAAAGAUCCAUCAGUACCUGGAAGCCAUGGCAUAUCAAGUUAGUGGAAAUCUAGUCUGGAGUCUCAACUGUCCUAGAUAUAAUCCAGACUUUCGUUGCGGACUGGAGGCUUGUCAACAGAAGGAAUAA